GCCGUUUCCUUCCUGUCUCUUUUAUGUGCUUUAGUAUAUUAUACAAUAAAACAAUUUCUAAACUUUUCAUUGUAUCCGUUGAAGUGGGUUUAGCCGGUGUAUUUUGUGAAUUGAUAGGAUGCACUGAAUUAAUCGGUCUAUAUAUACAGUUACUGUUCGAUGUAUAUUCAUUGAGACGUACUUACAUCUCAUAAUUGACUCGUUAAUAAAUGCAGUGAACCUGGGGUGAAACAUUAAGAUAUGUGUCAUUCAAUCACUUAAUCCAUUUAAUUCAUUUAUGUCUGGUAUUUGUUGGUUGAAUCUUCGAAAAGAUGCUAAACACGUAGUGGAUAUUAUCAAAUAUAACAAGAAUAAAAUAGUAAAAGUGUUAAAAAUGGCAGUAUCUUUGGUCGGUAGUAAAAUUUUGUUAGCAGUAUGCAAUUUUCUAAUGUUGAUAUCAGGUUUUACACUUAUCGUAGGAGGUAUGCUAAUUUUUUUCGACUCUGAACACGUGUUAAUAUCGAAAUUAGUAUCGCCAUCGGGGCCGUUUUCAACGUUCCCUCAUCCUCUUUUGUACUAUGUUUCGAUUGGAGCUUCGUUAAUUGGAUCGUUAAUAGCAUUAGUUGCUAUUUUAGGUUGCUGGGCAUCUUGUUUCCACAAUUAUUAUUUAUUAAGCGUGUAUUUUUGCUUUGUAAUGUUAAUACUCAUAGGGGAAUGUGCCAUUUUUAUAAUAGCGUGGAUAUGGCCUAGUUGUAUGGGUCUAGGUAUAAAUAGCGAAGAAUUGAUAGACGCUUUGCAAAGAAAUUACGGUAGCGAAAAUCAAGAUCAAUUCACAAACGCUAUAGAUUUAGUACAAGCGUCGUUUCACUGUUGCGGUAUCGAAACGUCUAAUGAAUACGACGCUUCUUAUUGGAGGUUACAAUCAUCGAGACCUUCACUUUCAGUACCUUUGACGUGCUGCAAAUUAUCGAAUGAUAAUGACACUAAAUCGUAUUUGAAUCCCGAACCUGUCAGUUCAGCUUUAUGUCAAGCUUUGGACACGAACAGACACGAAGGAUUCCGACAUACGGGGGGAUGUCGAAUACCUUUACAACGAUGGUAUAGGGAUCGUUACAUGGCGUUUCUCGGUAUCGGUCUCGUAAUUGUUCUCGUUGAAUUUACUGUACUUUUAAGUUCGAUAGUCACUUGUACGAGAAUAUAUCACCAUAAUCAAGAAAUUGGAGAAAAUUCCAAAAACUCCGAACGAGACGGCGAUAUCACUUUUGAACGCACUAAUUCUGAUGCUGGAGCUUACAGCAACGAAACGUACGCUCUUACAGGAAAUUAUAAGCAGAAUUAUAGAGUGUCGGAGGCUACAUGACGUAUUUAUGAGUCAUAAUUAAAGUUUUGAGUAUUAUUAUAAUCGUAAUAUAAUUUUUUUUCUAUAAAAAUUGUUUUUUUUUUAACGUUUAUUCAAUCAAAGUUGUUUAAAAUCAACUCCGAUAUAGGCAACAAUGUAUUUGGAACAAAAAACAUAGUCAGUUUUUAACGACUACUCAAUGAUGUCAUUAAUUAUUUUAUCGAUAAAACUGUCUUGCUGUCGAAUGUUUUUUUGGUGGUAUUUGUUUUUAGCGAGAAUUGAAUUGAAAUAACAGGAAUAUUCAUGAGUUAAAAAAAAAACUAACCCGAAUUAAUACUAAACAUUUCAUUAUUAUGAGUGGUUGCUAAAAACUGCCUUUGACAUUGGCAACAUUAAAAUAAUUAGAAGAAGAAAAUCAUAGAACUGUUAAACACAGAAAUUUAUCAUUUCUAAAUGAUGCAAUGAACGAACUUUUACAAUGUUGCCAAUAUGAAAGUUGAUUUUUAGCAAGUAGUUUAAUACACUGGGAAAAAGGUAGGUAAGAGAAACUGCAUUUUUAAAAUAAUUUAAUGGAAUGUUUUUAAUAACACAUUUUGUACAUUAAUCGUUAUAAUAAAUUUAUUUUUAAAUAUAUAUUUUAUGGAUAUGUCACUAUUUCUUUAUUGUCAUACGUUUAUUUAAAUAAUAAAAUUGAUAUUUAUUCAAGGAUAUUUAAUAAA